CUGAGGCCCGGAGGGGCGGGGAAGGCACGUGGGCGCUGGCCGUUUCCGACUACCUGUCUCCACCCCCUCCGGCUCGGGGGUUUGGCAAAAGAUGUCUUCUUUCUGCUGCUUAUGUGGACAGUUCAAAAUGGGAAGAAAGACAAAAAGAUGAGCACAGCUUGGCUGAAUUAGCCGGCAUAAUGGACAGAACCUAUAACAGAAAGCUGCCUGUCAGCUCCUUGACAAUAUCAAGGUUUAUUGACAACAUUUCUUCAAGAGAAGAGGUGGAUCAAGCUGAGUAUUACCUUUACAAGUUUCGGCAUAGUCCAAAUUGCUGGUACCUAAGAGAAUGGACCAUCCACAACUGGAUCAGACAGUGCUUUAAAUAUGGUGCACACGACAAAGCCUUGUACACAUUAAAACACAAGGUACAAUAUGGAAUUUUUCCAGAUAAUUUCACCUUCAAUAUAUUAUUGGAUUAUUUUAUCAAAAACAAGAAUUAUGAAGAUGCAAUGUCAGUAGUUACAGAGAUCAUGUUGCAGGAGAGUUUCGAUCAACUCUCAACACAGCUUCUCUCUCUCUACACCUUAUACCAAUACCUGGUGACCAAAUCAGAACAUACAUGGGAAGAAGAAAGAAACCUUGGUGCAUCCCUGCUGCUUACAGGCCUAAAACAGAAAAAUACUGUGGGUUUUAGCUCCCAGCUGUAUGGCUAUGCAUUAAUUGGGAAAGUGGAGUUAACUAAAGGCCUGCGAGCUGUGUACCAUCAAAUGCCACUGAUAUGGACACCAGGAUACUUAAACAGAGCUCUGCAAGUGAUGGAGAAAGUGGCCUUGCUCUCAGAGGAGAUAAAGCUCUGCAAAGAAGCAGUUGAUGUUUUGGAGACCAUUUUGCAGUCUGUUCCCGAGGCAAAAACAGAUCCAGAACCAUCUCAAGAAGAAGUCACGGCAUCAGUACCCAAGCCAAAACAAACAGAAUCAGAAGAAACAUCAGAAGAAUCAGAGUGGCCCAGGGUGCCUGAAUACCUCACUCAAUUCAAAGAGCUGUACUCCAAGCUGUAUUCACUUGGCAAGGUGGAAUCUGAAAGCUUGCUGACACUGACCACCCAACUUGUCAAGGAAAAGCUGCCAGCCUGUGAAGUGGAAGACAUUGCUAAAUAUGAGGAGAAGCUUAAGAAGUGGGAGCAGGAACAAACGUUUCUCACUGAGAGAGAGAAAGAGCUUCAAGAAAAGGCCAGGCAGGCGCUAGAAGCAAGGAAAUUAGCUGAUGCAUCUGUUCAAUAGUACAACUCAGAGACUGCUGUAUUGCUAUAGAUCUUUUGGUAAUAAACUUAAGUGCAUGCCGCUAUUAAUACAGUACUACAACCAUGCUGUGAAUGUGACAUUAAAUGUAUGCAAAUUAAACUCUAACUCUAAUUGUUUCCAUCCA